UUUUCUUUUCUUUUCUUUUCUUCUUUUCUUUUUUUUUAAUUUACGAUGAACAAUCAGUUUUAUUUGUGGAAACAAUAAUUUUCGAAACGAUAAUAAUUUAUGUCCAACGCGAUAAUUCUCGUUCCUUUUUCAAAAAUCACGUUACCGCGUAUAUCGUGUUAUUCGUUCCUCACCGAUUAAAUAAUCGUAUCGUUAAAACGAUCCGAUCUUACAUAAUCGAUAUUUAUCAGCCAUCUCGGGCACGAGCGUUAGUUAGUUAAGGAAGGAAGAAUUAAGAAGGAAAAUUGCAUCGAUAUCGCGAAACAAUUUCCAACAGUUUGCAUAAAAAGUUUUCCCGCUACGGUGAAAAAUGUUUCCUCCCUUGCCAUCCGACGACAAAAUUCCAUCCCUUUCUCGUCUUAUCGUUCGUCGACAAUACAACACCCUUCGUGUCGGGAAUCCCUCGAAUCGAUCGAACUCGCGAUUUUUAUCCACGCGUAAUCGCGAUCGUAUAUAAAUUUCAAUGUACAAUUACGAUUGCAGUGGGAAUUAUUAUUACAAAAGAGUUCAAGAGGUUUUACUUAAUAAAGCGAAACGGAAUGUUGCAUUUGCAACUCGGAACGAUUUGCACUCGACACGUUACUCGCAUCGUUGGAUGCGUCGGCGCGGCGUCAUUGACGCCGACUCGGAUCGCCACGUGCAGGCCCGUACAACGUAACUCCAACUUUCCUGCACACUCAUUAAACAUUCACUGCACGCGUUAAUCAAAUGCUGAUCGUUCGAGCAAUUUCCAGGGCGGGGAAUUUUUCCUUCCGUUGCAAUCGCAGCUCGGCCCACGGAUUUUCCAUUAAACCGAUCGCUCGUUCAACAAACUUUUCUCAGGCGCCCCACAAAGAUUCACCCCUGUCUCGGGAUAAGGUGACGACAACGCCAUGUCGACGUUCGCCCCUAUACCUGGUCCUCGCCGCAACCCCCGUUGCGUCCCUAGUUGACCGUGAAUCGCGACGAGAAAACCGUAUUCGGAACGGGAUUUUCGUGUUGCUCGUCGGGCCGUGAGGUUGCCGUUAUCGUUGCCACCGGGUCACUGUCGCUGGGCGAUUUUGGGCUAUGAAUGAAGACCCAACCCUUUCAUAUCGAGGUAAUUAGAGAGAGAGAGAGAGAGAGGAGAAGAGAUCGGAGAGUUGUUUGUAUCGACGGAAUGGUCAUCGUCUGUUCGUCACCGAGAGCGAGACUGCGUCAUUACGAAUCAAUUUUUUGUACCGUUCGAGAUCGUGAAGGACGUGGGGGAGAUCGGUUUUUUAUCAGGGGAAACGUCGUCGCACGGGACUGAGGAACUAAUGGCUAAAACGAUCAGAGUCUUGAUAGUGUUACUAUUAUCGGUAAUCCCGUGGCCAGGACCCAGCGUGUUUAAAAUAUCAUGCCCACGCGAUCGAGCGUCCGUGGUGAGGAGGAUAGUGCAGAAGAGAUGGAUGCCAAUUCUGAAGAAACAUCAAGUGGAAUUGCCGCUGGAGUGCCCGUUCCACGAAAGUCGGGACAUUUUUCGACCCCAGCAAAAGGCGAAACAUCAGCACAGACCAUCGCAAUGGACCUGCGGCCUGUGCGGCAAAUCCUUCUACGCGGAGAAACACUUGGAUGCCCACUUCGAUAACAGACACAAGAGUAACGUUAACACGGCGGAGGAUGCGGUGUGCCUCGCGGAUUAUUGCGACAUCAUGAGAUGCGACGUGCUCGGGAACAGGGACUUCGAGAGUUCUUUGGUGGACGACGAGGGCGGCCACCACAGCACCGACAUACAAGUGUGGAAAGAGAACACGGAGCAACGUACCACUUCGGUCAUGUCCUGCGAGUCGCGGGCCGGUUUAUCGAGGACGUAUCCGGUGGAGAAGGGUUGCACGAUAUCCGGAGGCGGUGCUGUGACCAACAUUCAGCAAUAUUGCCAUCGAGAAGACAGCGGCGCCCUGGAGAACCAUCGUCUGCCGGGCACGGCGUAUCACGUGGAGAUCGCUGGCCCCGACAACAAGAGCAACGCUUGCGACAAUGAAGAGGACGAGGACGAGGAGGACGACGAGGACGACGAGGAGAAUCUCGUCGAAGCGGCUUUGCCAGCCGUGGACAAGAAACAGAGGCGCAAGGGGUUGCAUCUGAGGAAGCUCAAGGCCAAUUGCAAGCCGGAGGAGCUGCAAAAGUUGAAAUUGCAGUGCGAAGUAUUGAUUCGCGAUUGCAUCGCCGGUCUUUUGACGAAUCUUUCGGUACGAGAUUUCCAAGAGAUCGAAGGAGAGUUGAACCGAGCGAUAUGCUGGUAUCUCAGCUGUGACAGAUACUGGGAAGACACGAAGAGGCAACAGAGGCAUACACCUUGGUACCUGUUAACCAUUUUUAUGGUCGUUCUAUUCUCGUCGAUUUACGCGUGCUACUAUAUUAUUUGGGUGUUAUUCAAUUCAGCGGAAGAAGAUAGGCUAGAUGGAGGCGGAAGUUUAGAUUACACGGAUGGAGAUAUCACGGGUACGUCCUCGUCGCACGAACAGAGCGGUUCUGGCGAGAGUAGAUCGAGCGGGAGAAGGAAGGGUGAGGCAGGGGAUGAGAAUAUGCCCAUAUCGAACGAAGAGAUGCCCGACCAUUACAUAUACGUAACCUAUCCACCCGAGCUAAAGCAGCGAUUACUGGACAGCUGCUACAACAGAACCACUCGACUCUAGAAGAUCCAAGAGAUAGGAGAAGGUUGGACAGAGACUCGAAACGUAACGUAACGGGAAACGUAAGAAUAAUCGAAAAAUUCCACGUAUCAGUUUCAUGGCUAACCAUACUUCCUUCCUUAUUUUUCCUUCUCUCCUUUAAUCUUCGUGUUUUGUAUACCAACUAUGGAAAUAAAUUGCAAAAUACACGAGUAAAGAAUAUCUUAUUAA